AUGGGUACCUGCCACAGAGGCAACAUGGAGAAGGAGGGUACGCUCGUCCGUUCUAUUUACUACGGGAGGAUUGGAAGCAAGGCCACGGAGAGGCUGAUGGAGAUGUUUGGACAUGACGGCAGCUUUCUGCUGAGAGACAGCGAGACAGUGCAGGGGGCCUAUUGUCUGUGUGUGAGGAAAGCACCUUAUGUGCACACCUACAGGCUUGUACCGUCCACUGACGGCUGGUAUCUUCAGGAUUCAGCAGUCAGACCGCAGAGUUUUAGGACUCUGGAAACACUGAUAGAGAACUACAGAGAGGGUGCAGCCUCUGAUGACAUUAUAUCCCCCCUCACAGAUCCACUGAUCAAAACACAGCUACAAUACAUCAACUUGGGACAAGAGUUCGUCUACAUGGAAACAUGAAGCAGUAGCUGUGUCUGUUGAGGCCAGCUCUUUAACCUGGCAGACCAGCGUCAUCAAUCAGGUUGACAAACACGAUGACAGAAACAUGCACCACAUGGCACAUGACUUUAGUAGGCCAUCAGUUAAAAAAAUUUCAUUGGGUGUAUUAGUCAACAAGAUUAUGAAGAAGAGGCCACUGUAGAGUGUACAAAUGCCAAUAUUAAGUACAUAUAUUUCACUUCGUGCUCAAGAGAUCUUGAAAGUCAUUGUAAUGUUUUAAAUUUGUGAGCGUGGGAAUGUUUUUUUUUUUUUUUUAAAUAGAUGCCGUGCAAAUAUAUCACACACCAUCUCUGCUGCUACUGUGGUUUCCUUUGGGUAGACCUAUUUUCCUUCAGUGGUCCAUCACUGUGUGUAUUUGUGUGUUAUGAAGCCUGUGUUUGCCUGUCAAUGGAGAAAUAGGUUCCAUGCUAAUGGCCUCGAUCUUAAUUCUCUGGUCAUCUUUGACCUCAUCAUUACAUAGUUGUGGACAUAUGUUCUAUUGUUUUUGUUUCUACGAACAUGUCUUAUUGGGGAAGUCACUAGAGUACAGUGAUCUUUUUGAUCUGUGUGGUUUGUCACACAUUGUUUAUCUUAUGUGAAGCCACUGUUGUAAAAGGAUCAAAUAAAUGGAUCAAAAUGGUUACAAAAUAACUCAUCAUGAUGCCAGUUUGUUAAAAGUAUGAAUCAUCCUUUGUGAGGUCUGUCCGCAAGAGGACAACAGACAACUUUUAAAAUGUUUGUUUUCUAAAUGCCGUUCGGAUCAGGGCUAUGCAAUGCUAGCUUGUCUGAUAGUACAGUACAACGAUGGCUGGAAUCAAGUAACAGACCCAUUUUCUGGACAUACAAAGAAUUUAAACUUCCUCGCUUACUUUUCUCCAAGCAAAUUCCUGUUUUGUCCGGUCUCUGUAUAUGAAGUAGUUUCACAGAGCUCUGGGUGCCCAAUGACUGCUACAAUAACAACAGUGGAGCUGGGAAACUCGAUGGCUUGCUGCUGUAGACAGGUUGAGAAUUGCAAGUGAAGAUAAAUCAACUUUGUAAUCCCAAAAAUUUUAAUUAAAAAGUUGAUUUUAUAAAAUAAAUGAACUCUGAGCUCCUCUCGCCAGUAAACUGCACCAGAUCAGAGCAGAUUCCUGUGCGACUGUGGGAGUUUAUUUGUCCAGAAGAUCCUGUGCCACUCUCAGCUCUCUUCUCCAGAGCUUCCAGAGCACUCAGUAGCUGUCCCUCCACUCUGCCCAGUUUUCUCCACACAAGCCCUGCAAUACAUGCUCAAGUUGAAUAUUUUCAACUCACGUGAAUUUUGUGUAUUUGCACCAUUCGCAUCGCCCAAUUGACAUAAUUCGCUUUGCGCACAUAGUUAUAAUACAGGAAAUGCAGCAAUGCAGGAAAGACUGAUAAUCUACCGUGGGGUGGGCACACUUUAUUUAUUUAUUAAUUUUUGCAACACAAGGUUCUUCUUAUUCAUUCACAACAUUCUUAUGACAAGCUCUUCCUGAUCUCAAUCUGGUAUCAUGCAAAAAUAAAAUAUAGAUGUGUGUCUCAUACACUGUAUGUCUUGGAUGGCUCACCACUUGGUCAGGCUAUUUUUUGGCUUUAGCUUCACUAAGACCAGUGAUAGAGUCAAUCUAUUAGACUUCCUUCUAGAGUCCCUUGCUGAACUGUGAACAUGAAUGACUUUGUAGUGCACAUCAAAAUUACCACGUUUUGAUAAGGCACUUUUUGCGUACUUGAAAUCUGGGCUUGUAUUUUUUGAUCUGCAAAGUAUUCCAGUCAACAUAUUAUGUACAUAAUGCACUGUGAUAAAGCUAAUAAACAACUUUGGCCAGUGA